AAUGCUGACAUACAGAGCAUUUCCUCAUUUGCAGUGAGUUUAGUGACACAGGUCUGUACAGCAGCAUCAGCCUGGAUACUGAAUCACUGCUGGACAUGGGACACUUUUUCCAGCAUUAAACCAUCACUAAAGACAUAAUAUGGAGGAGAGCAUUGAUGUGAAGGCUCUGAGGGCCAGGUUCAACAACAAGGCCAGCACCUCGGACACCAGCAGCCGAGACAGCGGCUCCCCAAAAUCUCCACGACCUGGGUUUGGGAGACUGAUACUGCCCCUGACGGAGAACGAUCUGGCUCAUCACAGACUGACUCCUACGGUUCCUCCUCCUCCGACGGCUAGUCCCGGCCUGGUCAGGUUCCCGAGAGCAGAACCGAUGGCAGCCUCCAUCCCUUCCAGACCUGCUUCCUUCCCUCGAGCGCCUCCCAAUCCUAGAAUCAGAGCAUCCAUCCAGCCAGCAGACCCCAGCAAGGUCAAGCUGAAGGGGGAGAUGCUACAGAACAUGAUGCUGAUGCAACAGAGGCCUCCAGGCACCAAAACAGCCCUGGCUCCAGCUCAGUCCCCUUCACUAGCUCCCACCUCCACACCUCUGCCGCUCCGACAGCAGCCCCGACAGAGGAGUGCAGGGGACGUGACCCCGCUGAGGAGGCCACUACCCCCUGAAGGACGCAUGCCUUCGAAGCACAAACGGCCUCCCAAUGUCAACCUGGAGCCCUUUCUGAGGCUUAACCGAGGACCUGCCCUUCCUGCUCCAAGAAAGAGUGACGGUUCCCCAGACUUAGCAGGCAGAAGGAUGUCCUUACCUGCAGUCAUCAGUCCUCCAAAACCGCCACAAAGAUGGAACAAACCCAAAGGGCUGCCGCACCAAGUUGCUUCCAUGGACAUUGAGGAUAACCAGGACUUCUACGAUGACAUUGCAAGCUUUGAGAAGAACGAAUCCUGGAGCGACAGUUCACAAUGUAUAGAAGGGGAUGAUGAUGAGGUGUAUGAGUUUAUUGAUGAGGAUCAGUUGGAUCUAAAUCGGUUAAAUUCUGAGAAGCAAAACAAGAAAGAAGAAAAGAGUCAACAGGUGCAGGAGAAAAGAAAUCUGACGGAACGUCAGAAAAAUGAAUUGAGGAAGAACUUUCAGUUGCAAGGGGAGGUGGAGGUUCUUCAUACAGCCAGAGUCCGGCAUGACUGGCAUGGAGGAGGAAAACUGGAGCUCAGCGUACGACAAGGAGAAAGCGUGGAGAUCCUCCGAAUUAAGGACAACCCAGGAGGCAAAUGGUUGGCUCGCUCGCUGAACGGAAACUAUGGAUACAUCAGUAACACAUGUGUGGAUGUUGACUAUGAAGCAGUGAAACGCAAAUUGCUCCAGUACAAAAAAAUAGACACACCACAGUUGCCUCCACCACCUCCAGACCCCCCACUGUCCCAUACCAGCGACAGCAUGCUUCAGGAUGAUGAUGACUAUGAUGACGUUCAACCAAUAACUGAGGAUUUCCCCCCACCACCGCCUGACAUCAGCAUCAAUCCCAAAGUGGAGAAGGAGUUAAGGAAAAAAUUUAAGUAUGAAGGGCCUCUCAGGGUGCUGCACACCAUGAUGGUGGAUCCUAAUUGUGUCAUAAAGAAGCCAGGAGGCAAGGAUCUGCGCGUGACUCAAGGAGAAGUUGUGGACAUCAUCCAGGUCACCAACAGCAAGAAAGCUCUGUGCUGCAACCGGUUUGGAAAAUAUGGUUAUGUGUCCAGAUCUCUUCUUCUUACAAUGGAAGGAGACAUUUACGACGAUGUUGACUAUCCAGGCGAUGUCUACGACAAUGACUUUCAACACACUGAUUAUUGAUACAUGCCAAACUAAUCACACACAGUAAGACAGAGAGAGAGAUACAGACACACAAAGAAACAAACUAUAUAAACAUUUAAAACCGAAACUGAAAGCUAUACAAACUAUAUAAUUAUCCAUCUGGAUACACAUGUUUGCUUGACUCCACCAGUAGCAUUUAUUCAAACAGGAUUCAAAGACUGCCGGCUUCUUAUUGCAACUGAGGUGGAACAGAAACAAGCUGCCUGGCACACAAACAAACUAGCUGAUAAUAAAACUAUUAAACUGGGGGACAAAAACAGAAAAUAUAGUGAAGAGAGAGAGAGACUCACACACAUAAGCCCUUUGCUGAGAAUAACAAACUUGUCACGGUUGCAUUGUUUGUCAAACUGCUUGCAUAGAAAAUGAAUACACUAUAACUGCAGCUUUGUGUAUUGCUUGACAUCUGAGAUCAUUUAAAAUAAAUGUUGAUGGUAAUCGU